AUGGAGCCUGAGCGCUGCCUGCCUUAUGGCGCGGGUCCCGGUGCUUACCCGGCGGCUGCCGACAAGCCCCCGGGACCUCCGCCUCACCUGCACCCAGCUCCGCUCCCCAGGCCGCGGAUUGCUCGCUACGCGACGGCCUGUGGAGCCCUGGAGCCCUAUUCCCCGGAGGCGGCCAAGCCCCCCGCCAAGUACCUGCAGGAACCCGGGCCUGGGCCAGCCCUCAACGGCAGGCGCUUUUACGAGAUCCCUGCGGAAGCAGAAGAGAAGGUCUCCAAAGUCACCAGCUUCCCCCCACUGCCUCUAGACUGUCCAGGAGGCCCCUUGGAGGGACCCCCAGAGCUGAGAGGCUCCCCAACACCCUGUCUGGCCAGGCUCCGGGGACCUCUGAGCCCCCAGCUCACUGACUCAAUGGAACUGCCCAAAAGCAAAAACAAGAAACGGAGGAACCGAACUACGUUCAGCACCUUCCAGCUGGAAGAGCUGGAGAAGGUUUUCCAGAAGACCCAUUACCCUGAUGUGUAUGCAAGAGAACAGCUGGCCCUUAGGACUGACCUGACUGAGGCCCGGGUACAGGUCUGGUUCCAGAACCGAAGAGCCAAAUGGAGGAAACGGGAGAGAUACGGGAAGAUCCAGGAGGUGAGGAACCCCUUCACAGCCACCUAUGACAUUUCAGUGCUGCCCAGGACAGACAGCUACCCCCAGCUGCAGAGCAACCUGUGGCCCACUCCCGGGUCGGGGAGCCCGGGAGGCCCCUGUCUGAUGUCUCCAGAGGGGAUUCCAUCCCCAUGCACAUCUCCGUACUCCCAUUCCCAUAGCAAUGUGGCUGGCUUUAUGGGUGUGCCAACCUCCCCGGGACCUCCCCCGGGCAUCUAUUCCAUCCAUGGAUUCUCCCCCGCUCUGGGGGGGCACAGCUUUGAGACAGCCCCUGAUGGUGACUACAAGUCCCCCAGCCUGGUCUCAUUGAGGAUGAAGUCCAAAGAGCCACCUACCCUCCUCAACUGGACCACGUGAUCAGGCCACCCCAAGACUGGACUGCUCCCUCCUUGGACUGCCCUAAAGAUCUUCCUCAUCAGAUGCAGCCAAUACUUCCUUUUAAUCUAACCCCCACCCCCAACCCCCAUAUACAGGAGAGGGAUAAUUUAUGUCUUUAUUAAUUUCCAGACACCAGAGAGGGCACACCACCUACCCCUGGUCUGCCACUCCUUCACCCACCCUACUCCUCCAGAGAGGUCCAACUCUCUAGAUAGAGAGAACAACUGUGCCCACCCCAAGUCUAGCAGCAAACAGACUGGAGUUUCCUUCCUUCUUUUCUUUCCUUCUUUCCUUCCUUCCUUCUUCCUUCCCUUCUUU